ACUACGUCUUUGCCAAGAAGCACGGAGGGAGCUUCAUCCUGAGGCUGGAGGACACGGAUCAGACCCGCCUUGUGCCUGGGGCAGCGGAGAAUAUAGAGGACAUGCUGGAGUGGGCAGGUGAGGCUGGCCGGGAGAGGCCCCUUCUUCAAGGAAGGCGCAGGGAGCAGGAAAAGGAGCCUGAAGGUUUUCUCACGUGGCCCAGGGUGGAGAAUACGGAGUCCCUGGAGGAAUGAGUACAUUUGUGCUGCCUGGGGUGGCAGGUUCCACCUGGAAAGAUGCUGAAGUUCCUGGGGCAGGGCAGAAUAAAAAGCUCCAAGGCUGUUUGGAGAUUCUUGUUUUUAUCUCAGAAUCUCACUUCCUCCUGGGAGCGGGCAGGAAACACAGGCCAAGUGGAAGAUGGACCGGGAGUCUCCAGGGGUGUGGCAUCCCCCCUGACGAGAGCCCCCGCCGGGGAGGUCCUGCAGGGCCCUACCUGCAGUCUCAGCGACUUGCGCUCUACGCCCAGGCCACCGAAGCUCUGCUGAAGAGCGGCGCUGCAUACCCGUGUUUCUGCUCACCCCAGCGGCUGGAGCUCCUGAAGAGGGAGGCCCUAAGGAACCAUCAGACACCCCGGUAUGACAAUCGGUGCCGGAGCCUGAGCGAGGCGCAGGUGGCCCAGAAGCUGGCCAAAGACCCCAAGCCUCCCAUCCGCUUCCACCUGGAGGGGGAGGCGCCUGCCUUCCAGGACUUGGUGUACGGCUGGAAUCGGCAUGAGGUGGCCAGUGUGGAGGGGGACCCAGUCAUCCUGAAGAGCGACGGCUUCCCCACCUACCACCUGGCCUGUGUGGUGGACGACCACCACAUGGGCAUCAGCCACGUGCUGCGGGGCUCCGAGUGGCUGGUCUCCACCUCCAAGCAUCUGCUCCUCUACCAGGCCCUGGGCUGGCAGCCCCCGCACUUUGCCCACCUGCCCCUGCUCCUCAACAGGGAUGGCAGCAAACUGUCCAAGAGGCAAGGGGACAUCUUCCUGGAGCAUUUUGCUGCCGCCGGCUUCCUGCCAGAUGCCUUGCUUGAUAUCAUCACCAGCUGCGGCUCAGGGUUUGCAGAGAACCAGAUGGGCAAGACCUUGCCAGAGCUGAUCACACAGUUUGACCUGACCCGGGUCACCUGCCACUCGGCCCUGCUGGACCUGGAGAAGCUCCCAGAAUUCAACAGCUGGAAGGUGUCAUUCUUCAAACCCCACCCACUCCACUGGGGAAGAGGGUUGUCUGGGCUGGAGAUGCCCGUGGCAGGACGGUCCCUUGGCUUCCCCGGCAGGCUGCACCUCCGCCGGCUGGUGAGCGAUGAGACCCAGAGACGCCAGCUGGUGGGGAAGCUACAGGCUCUCGUGGAGGAGGCAUUCGGGAGCCAGCUGCAAGACAGGAAUGUGCUGGACGCAGCCUACGUGGAGAGGAUCAUCCUGCUGAGACAGGGUCACAUUUGCCACCUGCAGGAUUUGGUCUCCCCAGCGCACUCCUACCUGUGGACUCGCCCUGCUGUGAGUCGAGCGCAGCUGGGCGCCAUCUCGGAGAAGGUGGACAUCAUUGCCAAGCGUGUGCUGGGGCUUUUAGAAGGACCCGGUAUGAGUUUAACUCAGGACAUGCUGAACGGAGAACUGAAGAAGCUGUCAGAAGGUCUGGAAGGCACCAAACACAGUAACGUGAUGAAGCUCCUCCGAGUGGCCCUCAGUGGACAGCUGCAAGGACCUCCUGUAGCUGAGAUGAUGUUGUCCUUGGGACCAAAGGAAGUGCGGGAACGAAUACAGAAGGUGCUUUCCAGCUAGAGAGAAGGUGUGCAGGACAGCAGAGGUGGCCACAGGAACUGUUCUUGUGGGACCUGCCCUCAGAGGGGAGGAGCAGGAGGCCUGGGGCCCAUCGGAAGCUUGUGGAAGGAACCAAGAAUGGACACACAACCUCUGGGUGCACAGGUGCAUUUAUGGCUCCACGCCAGGCCCAUCCUUAUCAGUUGGCCAGGGUCACCGAGCCCCCCUCACCUACCUGACGCUGGAAAGGAAGGCCUCACUUAUGGUUCUGACACCACAGUACACAGCAGAGGUUAGGAGCUGGCUCACUGAGCAGUUGCAGCUCAUGUUUUAGUCUGCUCGGGCUGCUAUGAAAAAAUAUCACAGAAUGGUGGCUUAAAUAACAGAAAAUGAUUUUCUCACAGUUGUGGAGGCCAGCAGUCCGAGAUCAGGGUGUUGGCAGGUUUCGUUUCUCCUGAGGCCUCGCUCCUUGGUUUGCAGACGGCUGCCUUUUUGCUCUCUCCUCACAAGGCCUUCCCUCUGUGUGUGCCCUCGGUACCUCUGUUUGUCCAAAGGCCCUCUUAAGAGGACACCAGUGAGAUUGGGUUAAGGCCCACCCUCACGGCCCAGUUGGAACUUAAUCACUUCUUUAAAGGCCCUGUCUGCAAAUUUUGUCACGUUCUCAGGUACAGAGAGGUUGGGGCUUCACGUGUGAGUUUUGAGGGGAACACAACUCAGCCCAUGCAUAACAGCUUGGCAGCAGCCUGGAUCCCUGGGUCCCAGUUCUCGGGCCCAGUUUGACUUUGUUUUUUAAUUUAUUUAUUUUUGGCUGUGUUGGGUCUUGGUUGCUGUGCACAGGCUUUCUCUAGUUGCGGCGAGCGGGGGCUGCUCUUCGUU